AUGAAACAACCAGCUAUGCCUUGGGAUCAAAAUCCAGAACAAUCAAAUGGAAAUCGCAGUGAAGAUAAACAAAAGGGAAAGCAGAAAUGGAGAGAAGGAGGAGGAGAACCAGGCGGAAAGAGAAAGCGAGAAAAAGAAGAGGAAAAUGAAAAGGAGCUGGAAGAUGAACAGGAAAAAAAAGAGGAAAAGGGAAAUGAGAAACAGAAACAGUAUCCCAAGAAAAGAUUAGUCAGCAAAUCCCUGAUGGACAAUCUCUGGGCAAAGUUUAAGUUAAACAGGUGCCCCACAGUACAAGAGAGUCCAUCACUCUCAUUUGAAUUUGGCAUGACACAUAAACAGGUAAGUCAAUGGUUUUGUAAAAAGAGGAAGAAAUAUAACAAAUAA